CUGCAGAAGAUGACGAAGAAUGUGAAACGUAUGAGAAAAGGAGAAAAGGUGAAAACGUGAAAACGUGUAAACGUUUUUGUUUUCUUCUGUAUCCAUAGAGAACAUUUGGAAACCUCCAUCUCACGGUGAUGGAAGGGUCUGUGGACGAGUUCAUGAAGUAUCGCUCUCCUCUGGUCUCCCGCUAUGCCAGCAAGGAAAUGUCUUAUAACUUCAGUGAUAGAAAGAAAUUCACAACAUGGAGAAAGUUGUGGAUCUCUCUGGCCAAGGCAGAGAAGGAGCUGGGGCUGCCUAUCACUGAUGAGCAGCUGAGAGAGAUGGAGGCUCACGAGGAGGACAUCGACUUUGCCAUGGCAGCUGAGGAGGAGCGCAAACUUCGUCAUGAUGUCAUGGCCCACGUCCACACCUUUGCCCACUGCUGCCCCACUGCAGCUCCCAUCAUCCAUCUGGGUGCUACAUCCUGUUACGUGGGAGACAACACAGACCUGAUUAUGCUUCGUGAUGGAUUUGACAUCCUGCUGCCCAAGUUGGCCCGUGUUAUUGAUAGAUUGGCUAAUUUUGCAGAAAAAUAUGCUGACUUGCCAACUCUGGGCUUCACCCAUUACCAGCCAGCUCAGCUGACUACGGUGGGCAAGCGAGCAUGUUUGUGGCUGCAGGAUCUGCUCAUGGACAUGCGCAACCUUGAGAGGGCUCAAGGAGAUCUGCGUUUCCGAGGGGUGAAGGGUACCACAGGGACCCAAGCCAGCUUCCUGCAGCUCUUUCAGGGGGAUCAUGAUAAGGUGGAGGAACUGGAUAGAAAGGUGACUGAAAGGGCUGGAUUUAAAAAGUCAUAUUUGGUGACAGGACAGACAUACAGCCGUAAAGUGGACGUUGACUGUUUGACUGUGCUGGCUAGCUUGGGAUCCACUGUACACAAGAUUUGUACUGAUAUCCGUCUACUGGCUAACCUCAAGGAGAUCGAAGAACCAUUUGAGAAAGAGCAGAUAGGUUCAAGCGCUAUGCCGUAUAAGAGGAACCCCAUGCGUGCAGAACGCUGCUGUAGUCUGGCUCGGCACCUGAUGACACUGGUGUUUGAUCCUCUGCAGACUGCCUCAGUGCAGUGGCUGGAAAGAACCCUGGAUGACAGCGCAAACAGGAGAAUCUCCCUGCCUGAGUCCUUCCUUACAGCUGACAUCAUCCUCAGCACCCUACAAAAUAUCACUGAGGGUCUGGUGGUCUAUCCUAAGGUGAUCGAGAGGCACAUUCGCCAUGAGCUGCCCUUUAUGGCCACUGAGAACAUUAUUAUGGCCAUGGUCAAGGCAGGAGGGAACAGGCAGGAUUGCCAUGAGAAGAUCCGAGUGUUGUCUCAGCAGGCAGCAACUGUGGUGAAGCAGGAAGGAGGGGAUAAUGACUUCCUGGCUCGAGUGCAGGCUGACGCUUAUUUUGCUCCUAUACUUAACCAGCUAGAUGCCCUUCUCGAGCCUAAAACCUUCAUUGGCAGAGCCCCACAACAGGUUUACACACUUAUUCUCACAAAUCCGUACCAAAGGCUAUUCAUCUCCUUGCCUGGUGUAGUUCAUUCAUUCAUCUUCUACCGCUUAUCCGAACUACCUCGGGUCACGGGGAGCCUGUGCCUAUCUCAGGCGUCAUCGGGCAUCAAGGCAGGAUACACCCUGGACGGAGUGCCAACCCAUCGCAGGGCACACACAAACACACUCUCAUUCACUCACGCAAUCACACACUAGGGACAAUUUUCCAGAGAUGCCAAUCAACCUACCAUGCAUGUCUUUGGACCGAGGGAGGAAACCGGAGUACCCGGAGGAAACCCCCGAGGCACGGGGAGAACAUGCAAACUCCACACACACAAGGCGGAGGCGGGAAUCGAACCCCCAACCCUGGAGGUGUGAGGCUAACCUCUAAGCCACCAUGCCCCCGCCUGGUGUAGUUCUUUUCACAUAAUACCCAUGAAGCUGAUGUUCAUUUGUAAGUGGUGGGUAGGGAUGAGCAUAAGUAUUAAAAUAGUACUAUAUAUUUAUAUUUUAUAAAUUGAAACUUUGUCUACUAGCAUAUCCGAGUUGAAAAUAAUUAUACUGUCACUUUAUUUGUGUGAAUUAAUUUUAAUAGGAGCUUCAACACCCAAUGACGGCUGAAAUUGUCACUGGUUUAAUCUGUAGAAAAUAUACACUAUAUCCAAAUAUACUGUAUUUACACUAUGUUAAGAGUAUAAUGUAAGGCACUGGCUUGGGUUUUCUGCCUCCUUGUGUCAUACCAUAAAUAUAGAGCAUAAGAAAAAUGAAUAAGAAGCUGUUCAGGAUGCUGUCUGAAUACUCAUAGAUGGCAGAUUAUAGGUCAUGGUUAAGAUUUGUAAAGUUAAACAAAUUGAUGAUUAGGAUAUUACUGUGUGAAGGUGAAAUAUUUACUGAAUGGUGAGCAUGAUGUUCUGUUUUUUUUUUUUUUUUCCUCACUUUCUAUCCCUAUGUCCUGCAUGCUCUCUGGUCAAGCAAAAAGCUCAAUUUGGACAUAUUUGUUAUGCAUAGUGUCU